UAAUAACUUUUUGUUUGCACCGCGAGAUAAGCGCGUGCGGUGUGAUAACAAUGUGUUAAACAUGUGUUCGCGUACGAUAUUUACCUAAUAUAAAUAAUAAAUAAACACACUCCGAAGAGCAACGCGCUAUUGGCGCACGAUAAAUAGAAUAUCACGUUAUCGUUUUUACACACUACGUAUAUUGUCAUAAGAACACAUUGACCGUUUUAUUCGUCCGCAAACAAGUGUUGUAUGUAGAUACAUGUUUGUAAGUGUACCACACGUUUAGCAUACUAUUUCGUGAUCACGUCCAGGCUGCCGUACGAUACAUUUUGCAUUCGAAAACUGUAACAAUAUCGCCACCAUGCGUACGUACACCUUUUCCAAAACAUAAUAAUGUAUUAUGUCGGAGUGGACGUAGGGACUGGAAGCGUCCGAGCGGCAUUAGUGGAUAGCGUUGGGCGAAUUUUGAAAAAAUCCACCAACGCUAUUAAAACUUGGAAUCCAGAGACUGAUUACUAUCAACAAUCAUCUGAAGACAUAUGGCGAUGUUGCUGCAAAGUCAUACGGGAAGUCACCGAAGAAGUACCAUCUUCGGAAGUCAAAGGUAUUGGAUUUGAUGCUACGUGUUCCCUGGUAGCCGUAGACGUUGACGGACUUCCGAUAUCAGUGAGCAAAAACGGAGAAAAAGAACAAAACGUAAUAUUGUGGAUGGAUCAUAGAGCUCGAAAUGAGGCGGAUUUCAUUAAUUCGACUCAUCAUCAAGUAUUAAAGUAUGUUGGAGGUAAAAUAUCGUUAGAAAUGGAAACACCAAAAAUACUUUGGUUGAAAAAUAAUUUGCCGCAUAAAACGUUUUGGAACAAAGUGGGCCGUUUUUUCGACUUGCCUGAUUUUCUAACUUGGAAAGCCACGAAUGCACUGUCCAGAUCGCUGUGUACUGUGGUCUGCAAAUGGACGUACUGUGCUGAACGGUCCUCUGGUGGUCAUUGGGAUCGCUCAUAUUUCGAAAGCAUUGGUUUGGGAGACUUGAGCGUGAAUGAUUGGUCCGCGAUAGGAAACGAAAUACUCCAGCCCGGGCAGUCUUGUGGCAAUGGCUUGAGCAAGAAUGCGGCUCAAGAAAUGGGAUUAGUCGUCGGUACUCCGGUGGCCACGUCUCUAAUCGACGCACACGCCGGAGGAUUGGGAAUGAUUGGAGUAGGAUUGAAAGACUUAACGAAUUUUAAAAACAGAUUGGUGAUGAUUGGAGGCACAUCAACUUGUCACAUGUUGCUCAGCGACGAAGAAGUGUUCGUGGACGGCGUCUGGGGACCGUACUACGGGGCCAUGGUGCCGGGAAUGUGGUUGCUGGAAGGAGGCCAAUCGGCCACGGGCAAACUUAUCGACCACGUCAUCAGCAAUCAUCCUGCUUUUAAGGAUUUGAAGAUUCCGGACGGUAGGAGACCGGAAGAUUGUCUAAACGAAUUGCUGGUGAAAAUGGCAGCAGACAGAGGUUUAGAUACGAUCGAUAGGUUGACCGAAGAUUUUCACGUGUACCCAGACUUCCAUGGCAACCGAUCGCCGGUGGCGGAUCCCACACUCAAAGGAAUGGUAGUUGGACUGACACUUUCUACGGAUCUAGAGAACCUAGCUCUCAUUUAUUUGGCCACGAUUCAGGCAUUGUGUUAUGGGACUAAACAUAUUAUAGAAUCAAUGGAGAAAAACGGCGGACGGUCAUUGAGCGUACAAGAUAUCUUAGUAUGUGGCGGACUCGGUCAAAAUGGUGUGUUCUUACAGUCUCAAGCUAAUGUCAUGGGACUACCAGUAUGUACUUCCACAGAAAAUGAUCCUGUUUUGAUUGGGUCAGCCAUGCUUGCAGCAGCAGCAUCAUCUGUAGAAUGUUACCCAUUUUCACUCAGGAACGCCAUUGUUACAAUGGCCAGUAACGCACAUUCCAUACAACCAUCAUUGGACGUGAAAAAGUUUCAUAAUAAGAAAUAUAUGGUUUACUUAAAAAUGCUAGAACAUCAGAAUAUGUACAAGAGCAUAAUGUCAAAAAAUCAAUGAGUAAAUUAUCGAGGAAGACCAUUCAUGGAAAAUUUAGUAGAAAAUAAGCCACUACUGUACAGUACAUUUGGAACAAUUAUGGUCAUAUU